CCCUUUAAGGGGGCGGCUGGGAGGGUGUGGCCAUGCAAAGAGGGGGGGGAGGGAGCGCGGCGGCUGCCGGGAAAAGAGCAGAUUCGACUCCUUCCCACCGACCCGGACCGUCCCCAGCCUGCAGCGCUGCAACCAGGGCGAGCUGCGUGCAGUGGGGUCUCUUCUCCUGCAACCCGCUGCCGAAACCUGAAGAUGCAGGCAGAGUCUCUCUUGCACAGUGGCUACUUCCACCCGGUCCUUCGCUCCUGGCAGACAACAAACACCGCCUUCAGCGCUGCCAACCUCAUCUACCCCAUCUUUGUCACGGACAGCCCAGAUGCCGUGGAGCCCAUCGCCAGCCUGCCUGGUCAGGCCAGGUAUGGCGUCAACAAGCUGGAAGAGAUGCUGCAUCCCCUGGUGGCCGCUGGCCUGAAGUGCGUGCUGAUUUUUGGCGUCCCGAGUAACACUACCAAGGACGAGCAGGGCUCUGCGGCCGACGCAAAAGACACGCCCGCAAUUCAGGCCAUCCAGAAGAUCCGUUCCUUGUUCCCUGAGCUGCUGAUUGCCUGCGAUGUCUGCCUUUGUCCAUAUACCUCUCAUGGACAUUGUGGCCUCCUUCGGGAAGAUGGGACUCUCCAGAAUGAGGCCAGCUGCCAGAGGUUGGCUGAGGUCGCACUGGCCUACGCCAGGGCAGGAUGCCACAUCGUAGCCCCCUCGGAUAUGAUGGACGGGCGCAUCCGUGCGAUCAAGGAGGCCCUGAUCUCCAACGACCUGGGCAAUAAGGUUUCCGUCCUGAGCUACAGUGCCAAGUUCGCCUCCUGCUUUUACGGCCCUUUCAGAGAUGCAGCCUUAUCCAAACCCGCUUUUGGAGACCGCCGGUGUUACCAGCUACCUCCAGGGGCCCGGGGGUUAGCGGCGCGGGCCGUGGACCGGGAUGUGCGGGAAGGUGCCGACAUGCUGAUGGUCAAGCCAGGGAUGCCCUACCUCGACCUGGUGCGGGAAGUCAAGGACAGGCACCCCAGCCACCCUCUGGCGGUCUACCACGUCUCGGGCGAGUUUGCCAUGUUGUGGCACGGAGCCCAAGCCAAGGCCUUUGACCUCAAGACGGCAGUGAUGGAGGCCAUGGCUGGGUUCAGGAGAGCAGGGGCCGAUAUCAUCAUCACGUACUACGUACCUCAGCUCUUGCAGUGGCUGAAGGAAUGCCAGGCGUGAGGCGUGGCGUGCGCCCCUUUUGCGGAAACAGGGACAGCCGAGGAGAAGCACCAAGUAGAUCUUUAUGGGAUCUGUCAUGGAAGCCGACGCCGACUCCAUACACGCUUCGAUGUUCCUGAGAAACCAGAAGAGCUCUCUCUCUCUCUCGCUUCCAGUGCAAUUUUAGCAAAAUCCGCAGCCCCUAAGCCUUCUGGGCCCCUUUCCUUGCCAGCAAAAUACAGUUUGCAUUUCUUGCCCGUUUCCUUUUCUGCACCAACCGCCUGGUUGGUUAUAGAUUAGCCAAAAUGGUUUAUAUAGAGCAGAAGCAGCACCUUGGUGAAAAGUCCAGGAGAAAGGUGUCCUGUAACUAUGGAGAUGAGGGCUGGCGGAGGCCUACUUAAGAGGCCCCUAAAUUAGAUUUUAACCUGGGGGGGGUCCUUUUUGUGAUGAAAAACCAAGCUGUGUGACAAAGAGAAGCCCAGAAAUAUCCCCCAAAUAGGCAGAGUUGCCCGCUAUAGCAUUAGACUGAACACUUAAUUGCACAAGGUGUUCUAGGCAGCAAUGACGAAGCCAAACCUUGUGAGAGGAAAAUGGAAAUUUCCCCAGGGAAAAUGAGAAUUCUCACAUGUCCCCUCAAGGAAGCCAGACUCCUGCCUUUCUGUGUACUGGUUUAAAUUAAACUGUGCAAAUAAAAUAAAAGUUCUAAUAUUUUCCGGAAAGAAA